AGGAAGUAGAAAUCCGGAAGAGACGUGGCACAUAAACACACAGAGGAAGCUUAUGAUGACAUCCUCUGUAGCAGCAUUCAGUUGGCAUUUAUGGAGACACAUUGAAUGACAGAAUUAAAGCUCUACUUAAAACGAAGGAGUUUCCUUUAGCAGCCGUCAGUGUGGAAGCUGGUUAGCACAUGUGGCUAUGGGUCUCUGCAAGUGUCCGAAGAGGAAGGUGACCAAUUUGUUCUGCUUCGAGCAUCGUGUGAACGUGUGUGAACAUUGCCUUGUUUCAAACCACAACAAGUGUAUUGUCCAGUCUUAUCUUCAGUGGCUUCAGGACAGCGAUUACAACCCAAACUGUACUCUCUGCAAUAAUCCGCUCACUACACAAGACACGGUCAGGCUGAUCUGCUAUGAUGUUUUCCACUGGGCGUGUCUUAAUAGCCUGGCAUCUCGGCUGCCGCUCCAUACGGCCCCAGCAGGGUACCAGUGCCCCACCUGCCAGGGUCCAGUGUUCCCACCUUCAAAUCUGGCCAGCCCAGUUGCAGAUGUGCUGAGAGAGCAGCUUACGUCUGUCAACUGGGCUCGGGCUGGUUUGGGGUUGCCUUUGAUUGAAGAGCCGGUUGGGGUUCUUGAAGGAACAAUCGCUAAUGAUGUUUCUGACUACACAGACUGGUCAACAUUUGAUGCCCAAGAAAAACAUGCCGCAUAUUCCAGUCACUCCUAUAACACUAGCCUCAGCCCACCUGCCGUCUCAGCUCCACCACAAGAAAGCGACGGACGUCUUCAUAAAAAUGGAGAUCCCAAUAUAUCGGAGCAUUCUGUAGUCAACAUUCCUGCUGCUACCCCCAGUGACACUAUUACAUUACACACAGCAUCAUCACCCAGAAAGGUCUAUGACACACGGGACGUCCACAGCUCUGCCACACAGAUUGAUUUUGAUGAUGAUAAGUACCGGCGGCGGCCAGCCCUCAGUUGGUUUGCACGGAUUUUAAAAAACCGCACUGGAGGAAAGAAGACAGCUCUUUCCUGGAAGCAGCGAGUCUUCAUGCUACUUUUGGUUGGAGUUCUGGGAUUCUUCACCCUUAUAAUCAUCAUGGCUAAACUGGGACGGGCCUCUGCCGGCUCAGAUCCAAAUCUAGAUCCUCUUCUUAAUCCCAACAUCCGUGUGGGCAAAAACUGAAGGGGGGGGAGCAGUGAUGUGGGGUUUUUACCUGUGUGUUUUACAAGACGAGCAAUGUUGGAUUGGUCUGCAAAGGAGCUGAUACAUGGACAGCCCACCAGAGGGAGCUCUUUGCCCAACUCUAGAGGAUGUUCCUCUUCCUUCCAUCACAGCAUGUCUGGGUCGUUCCUGAUCAGGUUCCUGUGAUUCCGAUCAGGGAGCAUAGAACCUUCGAGGUGACCAAGGUUCGGCUAAUUUAAACACUUUAUCUAGUUAUUGCUGCUUUGGUGAAGAGGGGCAACGCUUUACUCAGCUAACAUUUCUCUGUGAUCUUGUAAGUUAACAAAUUUCUGUUCUUCAGAUUUCUUUUGGAAGCUUUGUCGAAUGAGGAAACAUCUGCUGGCAGAAAUGUCAGAUCUUAUUUCUUUGUGAAAAUAAAACAAAUUCCUGCUAUUAUUAAAGAAGCUCUGUGUUGCCAUGGCACCCGGAGUCAAACUUUCCCAACACCAUCUCGCAUUUCUACAACUGUGAUGAUCUGCAUUAUUACAAACAGUGCUUUGCUUUUAGAUUUGCCAUUCAUACUGUAUUCUGUUUUACUGAUGGUUUUUUCGAGUGUCCAUUAAAUUGGAAAAACUACUAAAUCACAA